UCCCAUAUGAAUCUCUUGAAGAAAGCAAAGCCAAAAGUUCCUCUCUUUUAAACCGCCAGCCAAAUCAGGAAAUAUUGAAUCAUGAAAAGAAAAGGAAAGUUGAGAUUGAGUGCUUAACUUAUAGGCAGCAACUUGAAGAAAUGGGGAAAUCCGAGGAAGAGAUUGAAGAAAAAGUAAAUAAACAUCGUUUAAAACUAUUAUCAUCUCUCAACACUAUGAAAGAUGAUAAAAACAUACAAGAACACCAGGUCCAUCAACUUUCUCAAGCGAAGGCCACCGAAAAUGAGAGAAUGAUGAGGGCACUAGGAAUUAAACCACAAGAAUAUGUGGAAGGUGCAGCUUUCGAUCGUGAUUUACAAGAGCAAAAUAAACGCGAUCGGGCCGCAAAAAAAGCGAUGGAAAUUGAAAAGCGUCAAAAAAAAAUUGAAGAAGAUAAGAUAUUAGAGUUAUCGAGGAAAAAGGGCGAAAAGAAGAACGACGAUGUUCAAGAAAGGAAUAAACCUUCUAUUAAGAAGGAUGAAAAAAAUGAUUAUG